AUGGUAGGGCGACAGCUGAAUGCAUGUGGAAAAGUGUUGCAACUGCACAUGAAAAUCGCAGCUUGCCCCGCCGCUCCACUUCGUGCCGCCAGCCAGCCCAGGCACGCGACAAACGUAGAAAGUUUUUGGCUGCAAUUGCCACUUGGCGCCGUCAACGACUGCGUCACGCCAACAACAUCAUCAUCGCCAUCCUCACCUGCCUGUGCUUUUCACACGCUGGAUGGCGUGGCAGCGGAAAGCGAGGGUGUGCGCUUUAUACGUCUGCGUGAAGACGCCGAUGUGGGCAAGGAAAUACUACGAUUGCAGGCCUACCCACGCUCCGCUGUGUCCCUAAGGGCCGCCGAUGCCAGCGGCGAUCACAAGUAUUUCAAUCUAACGGAGCACAAUGGCACCACCUUGAUAGUUAGCUUGGCCCGUUCGCUGGAGCGUCUAGUGGAUCGCGAUGUGCCGCGGAAUCUACUCAAGUUUCGCAUACUUUGCGCUGGAAAAAACGAGAAGCUAGAAGAGGGUAGCUAUCUCUCAAUAACCGUCUACAUAGAGGAUGUCAACGACAAUGCACCUGAAUUUCUCAAUACGCCCUAUGUGGUGGAUGUGGACGAGAAUACCUCAACCGAUAGCAUCAUCUUUGAGGGUGUACAGGCCUUUGAUCGCGACAAACCAAACACUCCGAACUCAGAGAUCCAUUUCAGUAUGUCAACCGUACCGGAACAGCUGUCGGAUGAUGGCAGUCCAUUUUUUGCCCUCAAAAGCCCACAUCGCCCAUUGCUCAUUUUAAAGCGUGAGCUGGACUUUGACAAUGGCAUCAGACAGUUUAGGUUACCAAUUUUUGCCUGGGAUCGUGGCACGCCAGCUAAUCAGGCAAACACUACAAUUACGAUCAAUGUACGAGAUGUAGACGAUCUGCCGCCAAAGUUCACUGAGGGAGUUUAUCGGACAAAAAUCAAUGAGUUCUAUCCAAUGACUGGCAUGCCUCUGCGCAUUCCACUCUACUUCGCCCCACCGAUAAUGGCCUUUGAUCAGGACUCACUUAACGCCUCGCUUGUUUACGACAUCAUAUCGGGCAAUGAGCGGCAGUUGUUUCGAGUAAAUCCAAACAAUGGCGUUAUGUAUUUGCAGAAGGAGAUCGAUCUGGAGGAAGAAAGUCUGCCGGGAAAUACAUUUGUCCUGCAGCUGGAAGCAAGGCAAAAGGAUAAUCCCCUCAAGAAGGCGUUGGCACGCAUUGAAGUGGAAGUGCUCGAUCUGAACGAUAAUGUUCCUGAGUUCGAGGCAGAUUUCUACAAUAUUUCCAUUGUGGAGAAUUUGCCUUCGGGGUUUAGUGUGCUCCAGGUGAAUGCUGUUGAUCGCGAUCAGGGCGAGAACUCCGAGUUCCUUUACAAUCUAGUGGAAAGCAAAGACGCCAUUGGGGCAUUUCGUAUAGAUUCACGAACCGGCUGGAUAACUGUCAGAGAUGAUCGUUUGCUAGAUCGCGAGCAGCGGAAGUCCAUACAACUGACUGUGGAAGCAAUUGAGCGUAAUCCCUCCUACUUGGAUGAUAAGCACCUGAAGAAACCAGGUCCCAGUCUAGUACAUGUUGAGAUCACUUUGCUGGACACCAACGAUAAUACGCCCAAAUUUGAGAGCGGCAAUUUGUACGAAUUCAAGGUGCCCAUAACAGCUGCUGUGGGCUAUAAAAUUGGUCAGGUGGCUGCACAUGAUCCUGAUGAGGGGCCCAAUGGGCAGUUAUUAUACGAGCUACAGCGACCUAAGGGCAGCGGAUAUAUACCUUUUCGCUUGGACAACAAAAAUGGGUCCAUCUUUGUGGGUGGUCCACUGCGACGCGGUCGCAUAGCCGUCUUUGUAGAAGCCAGCGAUCAGCCCACGAAUCCAUCCGAGCGCCGCUUCUCGUUGGCUGUCAUUACCAUUGAAGUUUAUGCCACAAUUGACGAUCAAGCUAUAGAUUUUGUGGGUGCACCGUACGAGUUUUGGGUUGGCGCCAACACACCGCUUGGUACUUCAGUGGGGCAGGUACGCACUACACUGAUCUAUGAUGGUGAGGAGGAGAUCAUGUAUGAUCUUUUGCACACCUACUCCGAGGGCGUUCCAUUUGCCAUCGAAGAGCGGUCGGGAAUAAUCACAAUUAUACGCGAAUUGUCCGACUUUAACAGAAAAGUAUACAACUUUGAAGCUGUAGCUAAUUAUCUUUUUGCCAACUCCAGUCAACCCUUGAUUGUGUCACGAAGCUCGCAACCGCUCACAACAGCAGCUGGUCCAGAGCUAACCGAUGAAGGUGUACUUAUAACCAAUGUUACCAUACAUAUUGUAACAAAGCCGGAGCAGAAGGUGCCCCUAAGACCAGUUAUAGAGGAGAUCAAUAUGAACAUUAUAAAUUUUCACAUUGAAGAAAAUAUCGUGGGCGGAAUAAUUGGCCAGCUUCUCUACAAGAACGGCCUUAAUGUGGUCAACAACGAGCUUGGAAGUUUCCGAGAGCUUACUACUGGCAUUGGGAAUCUAACCUUGGGCAGUCGAUUCCGCAAUACUGGCCGAAGUCAGCGUCAGCAGAGCUCCAAGGCCAAACGGCGUCUACCACGGCGUCUACCACGUCGUCUGAUUGGCGACACCAAUCUCAAGCUGCGUUACAUAAUAGCCAAUCAACAGGAGGUUGUUAAUAAAAUUUCAAUUACCGAGGAUGGCACAUUGCUCACACUGACCGGACUGGAUCGCGAGCAGAAGGACAGCUACGAACUCACCGUCAUUGUAGAGUACAACACCGGACUGAUAAGUGGAGCUGGCAUUUACCAGGUAAACAUAAAAGUGGACGAUGUCAACGACAAUGCGCCAAAGUUCAAUGGGCUCACCUAUGUUGGUCUAAUAAACGAGAAUUGCGCUGUAGGAACGGAACUGUCCAUGAAUCAAGCCGUUCACAUCACUGACGCUGACGAGGGAGCAAAUGCCGAGUUCCGAGUAUUGCUGCAAGGUGACUACAGCGAUCAAUUUUCCAUAGAGUACUUCAAUGGGAGUACGGCGGUGGGUAACGCCAGUCAUCACAAGCUGCUGCCCAGCACAGGUGCAUUUAAUAUUUUUAAUCUCACUGAUCAGUGGAACGACGAGUUCAAGUACCAAGAGUUGCACACCUCCUUCAUGCAGUCGAACUUCAAAUUGAGUUCGGGUCCUUACUUUCGUAUUACAUACACUGGCAAGCGUGGUCUCGACAGGGAGAAGGAUCAGUUGUACAAUUUAAAAAUUAUAGCGGCUGAUAAUGGUGGACUGUCUGGCUAUGCACAUCUAACUAUUUUAGUAGCAGAUGUUAAUGACAAUGCGCCCAUUUUUGAGCGAAUCUCCGUAUUCAAGGAGUCAAAGGUUGAGAUACGCGAGUAUACUACAGACAUGGAAAUUUACUUCGUGGAGAGUUCGAAUGGCAUGACAGCGCCUACAGCGGCGGCAACCAUGAUGUUGGCGCCUCCACCUUAUCACAUACCGGGCUCGCCACGUCUCCACACAGAGGGUGGAGCCGUGCAAGCACUUCACAAGACACGCGCCAAGUCUCGACGUCGUGUAGCCCGUUCUAUGCUCACAAAACCUCCGCCGCUACUUAAGUGUCCACUCUUCGCCAUCUACGAAGACACGCCCGUGGGCACGAAGCUCUUACAGGUGACGGCCAGCGAUGACGACUUUGGCAAGAACGCACAGCUGCACUAUGAACUGUUGAACGAACAUGUAGAGCGAUCCGUCGGCAUGUCCCACUUGCCCAAAAUCUUUGGGGUAAAGCACUUCAACAUGGACAAGCUGACUGGUGAACUAUCAGUCAACCAUCCACUGGCGGCUAACAUUGAAGUGUGGUUAAAUCUCAGUGCCACCGACAUUGACGGCUUAAAGGAUACAACUUGUCUUCGGCUUACAGUCAUGGAUGUAAACAAUCAUGCCCCGGCCUUUAAGAAGUCUUGGUACAGUUUCGACACUGCCGAGGGCGAGUAUAAGGACAGUGUUCUCGGUCAGGUAGUGGCCGUUGAUCUUGACUUUGGCGACAAUGCUAAUAUUACUUAUACGCUGAGUGAUCGCGAUGUACCGUUCACAGUGAAGCCGUCAUCGGGUGUGCUGAAGAUUAAAGGACAAUUGGAUCGCGAACUGCGCUCCAAAUAUAGCUUCCAGGUCAUAGCUACCGAUAAUGCGCCACCGCUACAACGCAUGUCUAGUGCCGUUGAUGUUGAAGUGAAUGUCCUCGACAUAAACGACAACAAGCCCGAGUUUAUUGGCUAUGACGAUCAGACCAAAGCCGCGAAAUACAUCGCUGAUCUACCAGACCGAACGCUAAUGAUUCCGGUGUAUAAAGCUUACCUAGAUCGUAGCACCAAGCCAGGCAUGUUCGUGAAGCAGGUAACGGCCAUAGACAAGGAUUAUGUAGGUAAUGGGAAUGGUCUGGUGCUCUACUCCAUUCUGCAUCAAGAACUACAUGCACCAGUCUUUCAAAUAGACUCACGUGACGGCACUAUUACAACAGUCGCAAACAUUCGGGGCUACAAUGACUACGAACAUUUGAAUGUUAGUGUUAUUGCUUCGGAUCUGGGUAGUCCAGCCCUCUCCUCAACAGCUGUUGUGCUCGUCAAUUUGCAAGGCCAAACAGUAACAGAGCCUACACCACCAAUGAAAAUUGAACCAGCCCCAAAUGUGACCAUCUUUCAACAUACCUAUUACGAAGUACAACUGCCGGAGAACAACGAGGCGCCUACUGAGGUCAUGCGUCUGAAUCUGACGGUGGGCUUGAAUUCAGAAAACUUUCGUUGGUCUCUCUGGCUGGAGGAGGGUCUGGACGAGACAGAUGCGCACCCACCUUUUGAAUACGAUGCCAAAAAUAUGCUACUCUAUGCUUUGAAGCCUUUCGAUCGAGAGCACAUUGCACGCUACCAGCUGCGUAUACGCGCAGAUCGUGUGAGUCGAGAGGCGCGCAACUAUGUCCGAGUAGCUUAUCCCGUCGUAGAUGAGAGGGUUGAUGGCCUGGCACCCAACGAGUGCCGAAUUCUUGUGCACAUUGUUGAUGAGAAUGAUAACGCACCGAAGUUUCGAGGCAAUGGGCAACCAAUCAUAGCAGUGGUACCCCGAAGUGCAACCUUUGGAUAUCCGGUAACACGUGUUGUGGCUACAGACGCGGACGAGGGUCUGAAUGCCGAAAUACGUUACCGUCUCCUCAACGAGCCAACGCGGCUCUUUGGCAUAGAUGAGCUCACGGGGAACAUUCGCCUGUUGUCCGAUGUUUCCAUGGAUGAGCGCAUCUACGGAUUUGAUGUGAAGGCCACCGAUAGAAUGGGUGCCGACGAUGGCCGCAGCGGGAUUGUCAAUGUCUUCGUUUAUAUUAUAGACGAGGCCAAGCAGGUGCGCAUUGUAGUGGCUGGCAAGCCAGUAGAAGUCGAACGACGCAUCGAGGCACUGAUGGAGGCAUUGAGCUCCGCAAUAGCAAAGGAUGUUCGUGUGCGCCUCUUAGAGCCACAUUCCGGUGGCCUGGAAGCUGCCACCAAUGCCUACAUUUAUGCUGUAGAUCCACAUACGAAUUCCAUUAUGGAAAUGGAGCAAUUGCAAGAUUCGCUGGCCGGCCUACAGCUGGACGCCUUGCAACUACAUCAGCAGCAGCAACAAGUAGGACAGCCAUUGGAUAGCUCCAAGUCGAUGCCACGAAUUAUCGAACUAGCCGAGUUUGGCCAAUUACCAAGGCCUACACACGCCACGGCGCCCAAUUUUGUGGGCGGCCUGGAAUUUGUCACCGUUGUGCUUCUCACACUCUGUAGCGUGGGUGCCAUUAUGGCCGCCUGCUGUUACCUAUGCCUGCAAAAGAAACGUGGUCUUUGUGCGCAACGUAACAUUCCUGCCUCGGAGGCCGGUCUCACCUAUACGAUAGCCGGCAUCAAUUCGACUUGUCGCCAGCAGCGGAGACAACGCCAGCGGCAUACGCAACGCUGCGGCAAGGGCGGUACACGACCAACGAGUGCCUUCAUGCCCGAAUCGGUUUGCUCCUCAGCGCAAACGCAAUCCACGGCCACGGCCACUGAGAAACUGGAACAGCAGUUGCAUCAUCAUCAUCAGCAACAGGCGCUGGCCACGCAGCAGCAGCAUCAUCAGUACCUGAACGAACAGCAACGGCAGCGUGAAUACAUUGAUGUGCCGCUGCCCAAGUCCAUUGCCAAGGCUGCGGCGGCAGCGAGUGGCAGUGGUGGCUCUCGUCUGGAUCCAGAUGGGGGCAGCACGCCGUUUGUGCUUAAGUAUAAUGCCUGCCAACCUGUUAGCAAUCUCAAUAACUACGAGACCUCUCUGUUCUCCCUUCACUCGGCGGGUCAGGACUCGGGCGUCGAGUUUCUAAGCAGUCGCGAAUUAUACGAAACCUCACCGGACUCCUUUCAGCAUAGCUCCAAGCGGGCAGUCAACUCAGAGAUGCUUUGUCCUCGACAUGCCAAGGCACACAUGGAGCUACGUCCGCAAGUCGGAGGAACUCCAGGGCUCCUUGGAGCCACUGACAGCAGCGAUACCUACGAAGAUUCACUGAAGACCGACGAACCCUUGGUGGCACUCAACUGUCGAAGUGGCGCAUGCGAGCAUCGCCAGCAUGGACAUCAUCAUCAACGCCACGAUUAUCAGAACACAAAGUUCGAGAAGCGUUCAUCCUGCGUGCGUCACUCAUUCUCCGGAGUCAAGGACGACCUUAUGCAGAACUCUCCGCUGAUUUCACUGCGCCCUCGUGGUCAUAUUCUUCGCAACUCCAUGAACGAUCUGGAGGAGCGACUACACAAUCUGGAGCAGUCGUUCCGGCGACCUCUCGAGUUUAGCAAAUCGAAUUCUUUGUUUUAA